AUGACCUCAUCCAGUACUACAACUUCACUCCGGAACCAGUCGACAUCACAUGACCUGUAUCCAUCCAGUACUUCGACUACAACUUCACUCCGGAACCAGUCGACAUCACAUGACCUGUAUCCAUCCAGUACUUCGACUACAACUUCACUCCGGAACCAGUCGACAUCACAUGACCUGUAUCCAUCCAGUACUUCGACUACAACUUCACUCUGGAACCAGUCGACAUCACAUGACCUGUAUCCAUCCAGUACUUCGACUACAACUUCACUCCGGAACCAGUCGACAUCACAUGACCUGUAUCCAUCCAGUACUUCGACUACAACUUCACUCCGGAACCAGUCGACAUCACAUGACCUCUACCCAUCCAAUCGGCCUUCUCAAACACAUGAAACAUCAUAUCCUCCGAGCAAGCACCAAUUUGAAAAUGGCCUCAAGUUCACAGUUCAUCUUGAAGAUAUUCUAAAAGUUCGAGCAGAUGCAGUAGUCACUGGAGAAAGUCCGCAUCUUAGCACCAUGAGCUUAGUCACAAGGCAGCUGUUUGAACAGGGUGGAAUUAGAUUCAGUGAAUGGAGAGAUGAUCUCUUGAAUCAGCACAGGAGACUGAAGUUUGGUAAAGUCUACGAGACACACAUUGCGAUUAGAGAGUUGCCAUACAAAUUCACAUUCCACGCCAUUAUGUAUGUCUACCGAAGUGGAAAGGACAUUGAGUGGGCAACUGGUAUGGAUGAGAUCUAUUCAAAUAUCAUCAAGAAAGCUGAAGAAAAAUUCUUAACAUCUGUUGUUAUGCCUUUACUUGGAAGUGGUAGAGCUGGCGUCCCAGUUGACUUGGCGAUAAACGUUUUACUGAAUUCAUUGUCAACGAAAUCAGGAAAUCACUUGAAGGAAGUUCACCUGGCUGUUGUGGAUAAAAAGAUUUAUGACAUGGUAGUGAAGGAAUGUCAGAAUCUGAACUCUACACCAGCACCAGAGCCAAGGGAGGCCUGGGUUUCCAAUCAUGAACAUGGUGUCCAUUCUCUACCUUCUAAUCUUGAUGAUGAUACCAGGUUUCUUAAGAAAAAAUCUUCAUCAGUUGAAUGUUCGACAUCUGUACAUGAACAUCGUACACACAGUCACUCAGUUUCUGAUGGUGACACAGUUGGCAAGUAUGACACUGAUAGGAGAUCACAUAAAGAUAGAUCGACAAAUGAGUUUCAGUCAGUAACAAGUAAUUUUAUGUCAGAUAGAGGUAAAUCUGUGAAUGACACCAAACCAACAGGAGGAGACGGAGCUGAACCAAACACUAUUGGGGCUGUAGGUGGUGCUGAUCCAACAGGAAAUGGAGAUAUAUCGACUCGUGAAUUUCAGUCAAUACAAAGUGAAGUUAGAAUGGAAGAUGUAGAUGACACCAAAAAAACAGGAAGAAGAGAUAAACCAAACAACAGUGGGGCUGUAGGUGGUGCAUAUCCCACAGGAAAUGAAAAUAGACAUAGAGCCAAAAGUCAGAUGUCUGGUGGAUCCAGACACAGUGGAACAGGAAGUGGAACUGUUGAUGAUGAUGAAAAUAUUCAACAAAAGAUAGCAACAAGUGUAAAGGAUGCCACAACCAUGAGUUCUACUGAAGCAGACGACACUUGUCCAAUCUGUAUGGACAGCAUUAGUAAUCCAAAGAAGCUGUCAAAAUGUGGACAUGUGUUUUGUAAAGACUGCAUAGAUCGGUGUUUCAAGACCUUCAAACCCGUGUGUCCGACCUGCAACACAAUAUAUGGAGAAAUCACGGGAACACAGCCUGAAGGUAGCAUGACGGUCAAACACGACCAAUACAGCCGUCUUCCUGGACAUCUGGACUGCGGAACCAUCACCAUCACCUAUCAGUUUAAGGGUGGAAUACAAAGUCCUGAACAUCCGAAUCCAGGCAGCCGAUAUCAUGGAACAACGCGUACAGCUUAUCUUCCAGACUCGCCCGAGGGAAACAAAGUUCUCCGUCUUCUGCAGAUAGCGUUUGAGCGUAAAGUGACCUUUACAAUCGGCAGGUCAUCGACAACGGGAAAGGAAGAUGUCAUAACAUGGAAUGACAUUCAUCACAAGACACGGGUGGAAGGAGGCACGAAUAGAUAUGGGUAUCCCGAUCCCACGUACCUGUCACGUGUCAAGUCGGAACUGGAGUCUAAAGGAAUCACAGAAGCUGAUUUGUGAAUCCAUUAAAAAUAUUAAUGUCUCAAACCUGUGUAAAGCAACCACCUGACAUAAGUUGGGGAUGGAGGGGGGCACCAGCCUUCUGACUUUAAAGACUAUGCAUUGUACCCCAGUUGAAAGACAAUUAAGUUAAUAUAUAACUCCCCCCACCCCAAGUGCUGGCAUCUUAUGACACCUAUGUAUGAUGUAGUAUAAAAUGCCGACUCUUAGACAGGUGGCUGUAUUACACAGGUCAAUCAAUAUAAUUACUAACUGAUACAAGAAUUUAGUAUGAUGGCCACUUGAGUAUUUUAGAGUGGCUGUUUAAUAUUAUAUGUUAAUUUAUAAAUUAUAUCUAUAUAGGGUUUACGCUGCAUGUUGAAAAUUAAUAGCAUUUUGACGAAUUUGAUCAGAAAAUCUGUAGCCAAAUUCAAGUAAUAUUGAGCUAAACAGAAUUAUUUUUAAAAAUAGCUAUACACCUUCAAAUGCCACACAGCUUUCAAGUGAGCUUUUUGGCGAAUUACUAAUGAUGUAUAUGUAUAUUUGCCAAAUUCAAUUUUAAAUCACAUUUGGCAAUUUGGCUUAACAACAGCUUAAACCCUGAUAUAAUAGAUGUGUUUAGUACAGUGACCUAAUAAUACAGGUUUAUUUGUACUACUUUAAUGGCUAAUGGAAUAAGGUAACAUGGCCACCGAAGACAUGUUGCUGCUUAAAACAGGUUUUUGUUUAUUCGUUGUUUUUCUUUGUACUGGUAGUUUUUAAUUUUGUUUAAAACAAGUUAAUAUGUAUUGUAUAUGUAUUAGAUGAUUUGUGAGUUUAGUAAUAUGGUUUUAUUUAUACUGUUUUACUUAGUUAGUACAAGUUCGUUUGUAAUAUUGGAUGCUAUAGCAGGAGUUGAAUAUGGUGGCCAUUUAGGAGAAAAAUAUGUACUAUAUUUUAUUGAUGUAGAAGUCAGAGUUUCUGCCAGAAAUGUUUGGGUAGCUAAAUAACUAGGGCACUAUGGAAUUCAGUAUUUACAAUGUGUGUGCUAAAUGCAACUGCAGUCGACAGAAGGUAUGGGGGGGGGGGGGUGCUCUCCCGGGGAACAAAAUGGGUUAGGUUUACGGUUAGGGUCAUUAAUUUUGUCAAAAUGUUAACUUACAAAAAUAAAAUCUGCAAAACAUUUUUGGGUAUGGUGCCAUACCCAUUUUACCCUCUGGCAGAAACACUGGGAGUGUAGUAUGUUGAAUUAAUACAGGUUCAUGUGUCAUCCAUUAUGUGGGAUGAUAUGUAGGAAUUGAAUAUGGUGGCCAUUUAGGAGAAAAAUAUGUACUGUGUUUUAUUGAUAUAGGAGUUUAGUAUGCUGACCUCUGGUGAAUACUUAAUUAAUACAAGUUCAUUUGUUAUAAAUUAUGUUGGAUAUAGUGACCUCUUAAGGGGACGAUCCUGAGUUUUUCGGCGAUUGUUAAGGUGAUGUCGACCAAUUAACAGAGACGUUUUAAAGAUUGUAAUUGCAUAUUAAACAUAUUUGUCUAAAUAAAAUAUUUAGUGGUUGUAUAUAAAAUGUGUUUCUGAUCAUCCUAGGUCAAACUUCAUUUGAUUUCCUAAUAUAUAUGUAUAUUUUUGUAGGUACGAAAUUAUUGUGAGACCAAAUCCAGUUUGGGCUGUAUACAAAUACUAGGAUAAUCAGAAAGACAUUGAAUAAAGUCAGCAACAUCUUAACAAUGGUGGCAAACUUAGGAAACAACAGGGCACAAUAUUUCACGAGAACCGUUGUUCUGUUUGUGUGUCGGUUACGCAACUUUAAAAACAUGAGAAACG